AUGCGUGGGCCCAGCUCAGCGGGGCCUGUGGCCGGUCAGGGCUGGGGGGAGCUGGAGACCGGCCCUGGGGCAGGGGCUGAUGGCCCUGAGGGGCUGAUGUGGGGUCCUGGGCCAUGGGCAGAACAAGACAACAUUCCUGAAACUAAUACCAUAAAAAAAUGGGAUUUGGAUACAGGUUCUGAGGGACUUGUUUUAUUGGGAGUGAGAAUUCGAGCUAUCAAGACAAACCAGGACCUUCUGCCUGAGACGCCGUGGACCCAUAUCUUCUACAAUGACUUCUGGGGGACACUGCUCACUCACAGUGGGAGCCACAAGUCAUACAGACCUCUCUGCACACUUUCCUUCCGCAUUAACCAUGCUGUUGGAGGGAUGGACCCAUGGGGCUACCACCUUGUAAACAUCCUCUUACAUGCUGCAGUCACAGGCCUUUUCACAAACUUCUCCAGGAUCCUGUUUGGGGAUGGGUACUGGACCUUGAUAGCAGGCCUGUUGUUUGCAUCUCAUCCGAUCCACACGGAAGCCGUAGCAGGGAUCGUGGGGAGGGCAGACAUUGGAGCCUGCCUCUUCUUUCUGCUUUCCCUGAUGUGUUACGUGAAGCACUGCUCUACCAGAGGUUCCUCACUGAGUACUUGGGGCUGGAUCUUGGGAGCAGGGCUGUGUGCAGGAUGCAGCAUGCUAUGGAAGGAGCAAGGAGUGACUGUUCUGGCCAUUUCAGCAGUGUACGAUAUCUUUGUAUUUCAUCGGCUGAAAAUGCGUCAGAUCAUUCCUGCUUUAUACAAGAGAAAGAAUUUGACCCUCUUCUUCAGCAUUUGUUUAUUGACUUCCUGGGGGACUGCACUGCUGGGUAUCCGCUUAUACUGGAUGGGCAACAAGCCACCAAGUUUUUCCAAUUCUGACAAUCCAGCAGCUGACUCAGACAGUUUUCUCACACGUACUCUGACCUUCUUUUACCUGCCAACCAAGAACCUCUGGCUGUUGCUGUGCCCAGAUACCCUCAGCUUUGACUGGUCUAUGGAUGCCGUGCCUCUUCUGAAAGCAGUCGGCGACUGGAGAAAUCUACACACUGUGGCCUUCUAUGCUGGACUCAUCCUCCUUGCCUACUUCAGCUUGAAGGGCUCCAGCAAUGAGAGAGAGUGCAACGGGAGAGCUGUAAUGAACGGCAAGCAGAAUGCUAAUGGGCAUAGCUGCCACUCAGAGAUGGAGUAUAAGACACUGGAAGUGAAGUCAAGCUUUGCAUCAAAAGAAGAGAAUGGUAUAAAAAAGCAUGAAACGCAGAAACUGCAGCUUCCUUCAACUGAGAACAUUGUCAUUCUGUCUCUGUCUUUGUUAAUAGUGCCCUUUGUUCCUGCCACAAACCUAUUUUUCUAUGUUGGCUUUGUAAUAGCAGAGCGUGUGCUGUAUAUUCCUAGUAUGGGCUUCUGCCUGCUGGUUACAGUAGGUGUCAGGGCCCUUUAUGUCAAAGCCCAAAAGCGCUUUCUGAAGAACUUGGUUUUUUGUUCAACAGCUGCAUUAAUUGUUUUCUAUGGACUCAAGACUGUUGUCAGGAAUGGGGACUGGCAGAAUGAGGAGAUGCUGUAUAGGUCAGGGAUAAAAGUAAACCCUGCUAAAGCAUGGGGUAACCUUGGAAAUGUUCUCAAGAGCCAGAGCAAGAUUUCUGAAGCUGAAAGCGCCUAUAGAAAUGCCUUGUACUACCGCAGCAACAUGGCUGAUAUGCUUUAUAAUUUAGGAUUACUACUCCAGGAAAACAGCAGAUUUUCAGAGGCAUUGCAUUACUAUAAACUGGCGAUUGGUAGCAGACCCACACUAGCUUCUGCCUAUUUAAAUACUGGUAUUAUCCUGAUGAACCAAGGGAAGACAGAAGAAGCCAGGAGGACUUUUCUGAAGUGUUCAGAGAUCCCUGAUGAAAAUUUGAAAGAUCCUCAUGCUCAUAAAAGCUCUGUUACUAGCUGUCUUUAUAACUUAGGAAAGCUUUUUCAUGAACAAGGACACUAUGAGGAUGCCCUUAUGGUUUACAAAGAAGCAAUACAGAAAAUGCCAAGGCAGUUUGCACCACAGAGCUUAUACAACAUGAUGGGAGAAGCCUACAUGAGAAUGAGCCGGCUGCCAGAAGCAGAGCGCUGGUACGUGGAGUCACUACGAUCCAAGAGUGACCACAUCCCAGCCCAUCUCACCUAUGGAAAACUACUGGCUCUGACGGGACGCAAGAAUGAGGCAGAAAAGUACUUCGUGAAGGCUAUUCAGCUGGAUCCUACCAAAGGAAACUGCUACAUGCAUUAUGGUCAGUUCCUCCUAGAAGAAUCUCGCCUGAUAGAAGCAGCUGAGAUGGCAAAAAAAGCAGCUGAACUUGAUAAUACAGAAUUUGAUGUUGUAUUCAAUGCAGCCCAUAUGCUCAGACAAGCCAGUCUCAAUGAAGAAGCUGAGAAGUAUUAUGAACUGGCAGCAGGAUUAAGACCUAACUAUCCAGCUGCCCUAAUGAAUCUUGGAGCCAUUCUCCAUCUGAAUGGUAAACUGAAAGAGGCUGAAGAAAACUACCUCCUUGCUCUUCAACUUAAACCCGAUGAUGUCAUCACUCAGUCCAAUCUUCGCAAAUUGUGGAAUAUCAUGGAGAAGCAAGGUUUGAAGACAUCCAAAACGUGAUGAUGAAAACUCUGAACUUUUUUUUUUCUUAAAUUGAUUAAAACCACGAACUAGAACUUCCACAUAGUUGUCUGAUCAGAGAACUCCUUGGACUUGACCGCAAGGACGAGAGGUCUUAAUUGCUGCUAGGAGAAGCUAUCCUGCUUUUUUGGCAUAAGUUUUUUUGCUAGAUAAAUAGAAAAAGGAAGACACUGAGAUAUUCAUGAAGGACUUGUUACCCCACAAAAAUAUUUAGAACCAUAGCACUUGAGAGAAGGUGUCUUGGCAUAUUUGAUAAAUCAUUGCAAAUCCCAUAUUGCUCACUUUUGGGUGGGUACUUGAAAUGUAUACUGUCUAGAAAUACUAAGGGAAAAUUGUACAGUAUACGCUAAGCCAUAUGGGACUAAAAGUGGUAAUAGUAGGUUAAAGUAUUUUGCUGAUACUGUAACUCAUUAAAAUGUAUACUAAAUCCAGUGUGUUUGCAGUUUGUCUUAAUGCUGCUGGUCUCACUCUAGGACCACUUGCCUACCAAUUUCACAGCUUAUAUGGCCAAUUAUUUUUUUUUUCAAACCUGUUGGUUGUGAUCAGAUGACAGCAUUCAUAAUUGUUUACUAAGAAUCUGCAUAUUAUUUCAGCUUGUUAAGUUUUAAUGCCAUUUUCUUGAGAUACACAGUCAAAUGGUUGCAGGCUAGGCAGAAUGAGCAAGGAACUGCCCAUAUUCUACAUCACGUGUGUAUGUAGAGUGGUAUGUCCAAGAGGUAUGGUUAGCAAUACAAGCAAGACUGAUGUUUGCCCUGAUAUCAAAUGAGUGUGGUCAGACUGUCAACUUAAGAAAAGAAAUAAUUGGUAUUAUAGAAAAAUGUGUUUGACUCUUUUUGCAUUGCUGUCAGAUAAGACCGACUAAGCUGGAAUCUGUGUACAGUAUUUUUGCAAUAACUAAGCCAAGUGAGAUUUGAAAGCAUUGGUGCUUACACAUGCUACAAAUGAGACUUCAUGAGCAACUCGGAGGAAAGGGAUUGUUAUAUAUUGGAGAUGCUAGCAAAUAAUUGAAGGGACUGGAUUAGAUCAUGCUUAAAGCAGUGUAGAUCAAGAGAAAUGUGUAGAGGUGGUUGCCAGUUACUUUUCACAGUGGUGGUAUUUUAAAAAGUAUCACCUUUCAGAUUCUAACCAAAUAUUAGCAUUCUGUUUGUAUUCUUACGUGUGUGCCAGCAGCAGAGCUGUCAAAUAUCUAAAUAUGCUUUUGGUGAGGUUCAAUUUAUUUCUGUUUCAGAAUGAUCUGGCCUAGUUACUGUUUUAGUCUUCAGUUUUUAAAUGUAAAAAUAAUUUAUUUUAAAUUGCAGUGUAUUGAAGCUUUAGUAAUUUUUUUCCAGGCCAUUUGUUAACUGCUUUCUUUCUUUGGUAUAAGUGUUAUUGCUUGUAAGAAAAGUUACUAUUUCAUUUAAUGACCUGUUGGUACCUGCUUCAGUGUUCUUUUCAUAAUGGUAGAUAUAGCGUUAAAGUGGUAGAGCACCUUGAACUGAAGCUUCUUCAGGAUCUUCUGUUAAAAAACUCUUUAUUACUGAGAAAGUUUGGGGAGUUUUUUGCUUUUUAAUUGUUGAGCACCAUUCCAACAAAACUGUAGAAGAGAAUACUUUGCUGUAUUUAUUUAUUUAUUACUUGACUGCAGCAACGUUACCUACCAUUAACACAACAGUCUGUAAGUGUUGCUAUUUCUUUUAUUUGGUUUUUCUUGCUUUUUUUGUGGUUAGUGUUUGUUCCUGAUGGGAAAGAGGAGACUUGAGUUCUACUCUGCCUUCUUGGUCAUUCUCCCCUUACACUUAUAUUGAAAUAGAUUGGGGAGUAGCUGUUUCAAAGUCAGUGUAGUAAAAAAUUGUAGUAGUGUCUGUUUCCCUUUCUUUCCUCUUCCUCGCUAAAAUACUAUAAGUUGCUAAGUUUACAACUGGCCUACCAGAAGGGCCAGAGGGGCAAGAUUGUUUGGCUUUGUGAAGUGUGUCAAGUUUUUCUCAAAUGAUGUUAUGGCUGGGAAAGCAAAAUUGAAGGGUCAGAAGUGGAAUUUCUACUUUAGCAUUGAAACCAGAGUUAGAAUACAAUGGUAGUUUGAACUUAUUCUCCUGCUUUACUGACUUUCUGAGAAAAGUAUAGAAAUAAAUUAGAUAGUAACUAUAACUGAAUUCAGUAUAAAACUGUGGUAUCCUGCAGCUUUAUUUGCUCAACAGCCAUCAAACUUCGAUGGCUUCUUGGUCUUAACCAUUCAUUAUGUUAUUUGUCUCCUUCAAUUUAUACUCAUUCCUGUUUAGUAGUUUUUAUUCAUUGCACAAAAGGGGGAAAAGGGGAGCACUCCUGUGAUGCAGUGUCAUGCUUGCAUUGAUAACUGUUUUUGUUUGUUUCUGAAAAAAAAAAAAGAAAAGAAAAGAAAGAAAACAGGACUAGCGUAAAUUUAACAAGAAUGUCCCUGAAUACGUUUUUUUAAUAUAGGUCUGGGCUUGAUAACUUUCUUCUUUUGGGAUAAAUUUAAAACAUGUUUAAAAUAUGUCUCUCUGCUCAGGGAUUUAUGGUGGAUUAUUGCAGACAGUGCUAAAAAAAAUAAAAGAGCACAAGACAAGUUUACUAAAUUAAAAUUUUAUUUUUUGAAAAACUGUUAUUUGUAUAAAUUAUCAGAUUUGUAGGCUUUCUUUUUUGUAGAAAUAAUUGUUUAUGUGCCAGAUAAGAGAAUUUCAAUUUUGUUUUCAAUAAUAAAGCAUUGAUAACUAA